AUGGUGUACCGACAGUUGUCUUCAGUUGCUUCAUGUAAUCUCGGUGCAGAUUGUGGGGGCCUUGCCGACAUCACGUUUCUGAUCGACGACUCGGACAGCACCAAACGUCCCGUCCCGGGUAACAUGACGGUCGUCCAGUACGCUCCCGGUGUCGUGGAUUUCAUUCAGACCUUUAUUGACAACACCGACUUAGGAAACGUCCGCAUUUCGCUUCUCCUUUUCAGCGACACGGCUCGCAUUUUAACCGGAUUCACCGACAACUCGGCAGUAUUGAGCAACGCACUGAGCUCGUUUAUUCCCGAAUUUCAGGGAACUCACACUGCAGAAGGAAUUCAGCUCAUUGCUCAACAGUUUUCAAAUUUAGGUCGUGUUGGGGUUUUACGUUCAGCCAUAAUACUGCUUGAUGGCUCAUCUCAGAAUGUGGCCGCCGCGUCCACACAGGCCGCUGCCGCCGAGUCUCAGGGCAUCAACCUCGUGUCGGCCGCUUUCGACAUUCCUAUCCCCAUUCCCGAACUCCAGAUGUUGUCGCAGGAUCCAGCGGAGGCAUUUAAAGUGACGAGCGACGUGUUGCUGUCCACACUACUGAGGAACAUCACGGCAAUCGUGUGUCCAGUGACUUCUCCAACUACUACUAUGGACCCAGUUACAACCACAGCAGCACCAAUAUCUUAUACCAAUUUAUGUAGCAGCUGUCAAUACUUCAACGGCGUGGGCCACGUUGGCCACCCCACCGACUGCUCGUUCUUCAUCCAGUGCCAUCUGAAGGAGACUGGACUGGUGGCCACGGUUAAAGCGUGCAGUCCGGGGACGCUGUGGAACAAACCCAUAGAAGCUUGUGACUACCCACUUAAUGUAGUAUGUGAUCCAUGUAAAAGCCUUUCUGAUGGAAGUCAGUACGCUAACAGUGUCAUGUGCAGUGCAUUCUGGGAAUGUGCUGGCAAAAUCUCUCAGCCAAUGUGUUGUGGUGUAGGACAGGUCUUCGUGCCAGGUUCCGGUUGUGUUGCUGACACCGGAAACACGUGCAACGUCGCGUGCGCGUUGGAGGUAACCUCGCCACCAUCGACAACCGCUGCACCAUGUACCAAGCAGGCGUUGCCGUCCCGUCCCGGUUUUUACCGCGAGCCGAUUCCUGGUUUCGGAUUGAUGGAACGACCAUGUCCUGGCGGCACAGAGUUUGUCCAGUCAGCGUGUUCCUGCUCCUUGAUCGUCACUUCAAAUCAACCUGAUGCAUGUGAUUUGUUCGUGGGCAUCGACUUCAACAAUCAGAUCUCGAGUGACAGCUCUAGAAACGGCUUUCAGCUGACAACCAGCCCGUUUGUUAAAUACCAGGGGAACGACUUGUCGGUCUUCAGCGGGAUCGAAGCCGUGAUCGCCUCGGGGAUCGCCAAUGUGGAUUUCAGACACAACGUCUUCCUCGUGUCCAAGUUCCAGGCGCUGGGGUCGACGACGGUGAACCAGUCAGUGGUGCACAACAGUCCCUGCAAAGACUCCUCCCAGCCCUCACUGCUGAUCAUGGCGCAUGAUGGAAGUUCUGCCGGAAUGCUUGACGUCAUCUUCCUGGUCAGGACGACUGAUGAUGUGGCCGAUACAACCAUCACGCUGUCGGCAAAUAAAGCUGCUUUCCUGACCGCUGUCUUGUCCUAUGAUGGUUCCGUGGUGGAAGCGAGACUUCUCGACGAGUUAGGCAAUGUGCUGGAUACGGGAUCGCGCCCUGCUACAGGUUUUGUUUCAAUCAGAAAGGGUGCGCUGAACGUGGGAGGACAAAGCUGUAACACAACCAAUCCGUUUGUCGGACUGAUCGAUUUUGUUCGUCUGUACAAAUGUCAGCCACCAAAUAACGCAACAGAUGACGACGUGGUGGACGUCAUCACCACCGCCAUCACCACCACAACACCAACUUUACCCACAACGCAACUUGGACCGGUAGUGUUUGCUUCGUCGAAAAAUAUCCCAACAUCUUCUCAAGUACUUGCGUCGUGUCUUUCCGGGAACUACUUGAACGGCAACAGCCAUAUGUCGUAUUCGGGCGACUGUGCGCGGUUCGUUCAGUGUUACACCAACGACGUCUCGCUGACGUUCACCGUCAAGUUCUGCUCGUUUGGGUCCGUGUGGAGCUCCACCCUCAGGGCGUGCGUCGUGCCUGUCGCCAGCGACUGUGAUCCAUGCAGAGGCCAGGCUGACAACACCCAGUUUCCGUACACCAUACAGUGCAACACCUACUGGACGUGUGCCAACCAAAUCUCCCAGCCUAGGUGUUGUCCCGUGGGAGAGUUGUAUGUGGAAGGGGCCGGGUGUCAGACCGACAGUGGGUCACAGUGCUCCGACACGUGCCCUGGAGUCGAAGCAUCGCCUACUGACAUUCCCUGCUUCUUCCUGGUGUCGUCCAAGGGCGCGGGAUUCUACCAGACGUUUGUGACGGGGCUUGGUUACCAGGACGUGCCAUGUCCACGAGGCACCGUGUUCCACUUACCGACUUGCGGCUGCCACCAGGAUGACUCUAGUGCAAACCAAGUUGCUGCCUGCCCAGCAUUCCUUCACAUUCCAUUCGACAACAAAACGACGUCCGACAUCUCAACACAGAAGUUCAGCGCCGACGCCUCUCCAUUCCUCACCUUCCCCGACGACUCGACAGCGCUCUUCAGCGGCUUCGGCUACGUCCUGGUGCCAGGCUUGUCCAGCAUCGAGUUCAAAGAACACUUCGCUCUGCAAGUCCGGUUUCAGGCUCAAUCCUCCCUGAUAUCUGGACCACCCCAAGUUCUGAUUCACAACGACGGGUGCACGGACCAAGAUGGCCCCUCGUUCAAACUCAGCGUGGCCGACAACAUCGCAGAUUCGUCGUUCGUCGAUAUAGGGUUCCAGUUGCAGACGGCAAAUGACGUCACACCACAGUCUCUGUUACUAACUGGACCUAAAUUGGUUAUCCUAGAAGCAACCUUGAAGUACAAUGGAUCACUUAUCACGGCUAUUUUAAAUGAUGGUGUCUCAACUACAUCAGAUACACGGACGGCUACAGGCGUAAUAAAGCUGCAGUCCCACGGGUUGAACAUUGGAUCAGGAUUGUGUGCAAGCUACCCGGCAUUCAAAGGACUUGUUGACGACGUAAAGGUAUUUGUAUGCAAAAACCCACCCAUCUAAGGUCACUGGAAAGAAACAAAACUGAACGUAUUUACAAAGACCGCUACAUGGACUUUAAUAAAUGCAGGCAUAUGUGCAGGGGGUGGGGGUCGAAAUUGUGUUUUGUUAAACAUAUACUUUUCAGCUCUAUGCACAGUUGGUACAUAUAAUUUUUUAUGAAAACAGAUCGCGAAUUGUGAUAUUAAAAUGGUGUUAUGAUAAAUAAAAUGUUAUCAAAGUU